AUGACGCCGCCGCCCUCGCCCUCGCCCUCGCCCCCGCCGCCGGCCGCCGCGGACGCGCUCGCCCAGAUCCUGCACGCGCUGCUCCCGCCGCUCCUCCUGGCCGCGGCGUCCGCCAACGCGCUCCACUCCCGCUGGCGCGCGCUGCACGCCACGCUGCUCGCGCUCCAGUCCUCGCUCGUCUCCGCGCCCGCCCCGGCCGCCGGCCACCCGCUCUUCGCCGAUCUGGUGGCCUCGCUGCUCCCGGCCCUCCGCUCCCUCCACGCAUUGUCCGCGCGCUGCCAGGACCCGGCCCUCCCCGGCGGGCGCCUGCGCCUCCAGAGCGACCUCGACAUCGCCGCUUCCUCGCUCACGCUUCUCCUGCACGAUCUCUCGCUGCUCCUUCGCUCGGGGCUCCUCUCCGUCGAUUCGUCGGCGUCCUCCCCCAACGCCAUUGUGCUGCAGGUGCCCGCGGCAGCCGCAUCCCGCUCCGACAAGUCGCUUUUCAUCAGGGACGCCUUUGCGCGGCUCCAGAUCGGGGGCCUCGACCUCAAGCUCAAGGCCCUCGCCUCGCUGCUGGAGUUGCUGGGCAAUGACCCUGCUGCUGAGGCCGCAAACAUCGUUGCCGCCGAUGGCGAUGUGGCUGCGCUGCUCCGCAUGCUCGACGCAUCGGCCCACUCGGCGCUGAGGGACCGCGCAGCAGCGGUCGUGGCCCUCCUUGCCACUGCCUGCGGUGCAUCCCGGAAAGCGGUCUUCGACGAGGGCGGCCUUGGCCCGCUGUUGCGCGUGCUUGACUCUGCCUCGGCACCGGCCACGAGGGAGCGUGCGGUUGUGGCCAUUGAGGCCAUCACUGCCGAUGCCGGCAGCUCGUGGGCUGUAUCAGCAUAUGGAGGGGUUUCCAUCUUGAUUAAUGCGUGCCGUCCUGGCUCUGGUUCGUUGGCUGUGCAGACGCUCGCUGUAGCAGCUAUCAAGAAUGUGGUCUCGAUCGACGAUGUGCGCUCAGCGUUGGUUGAGGAGGGUGGGUUGCCAGUUCUGGUUGAUUUACUUGCCAGCGGCACCACUGACACACAGAAGAAUGCUGCUCUCUGCCUGUGGUCGAUCGCGUCCAUGGGCGACCUUGAGACACAGCAACAGAUUGUACAAGAUGGUGCAUUACCGCCACUUUUGCAGGCUCUGCACAUCACCACCGAUCUCGAUCUUCAGAAUUCUGUCCUACGCGCUAUCCACGUGCUUGCAGUAGUCCCUUCGGCCGCCAGGAUCCUAUGUUCAUCCCCGCUGUUCUUUGCACAACUAACAGACCUUAUGCGCCGUGGUGGUAGCAUCCUGUUGCAGCAGAUGGCUGCAGAUAUGAUUGCCGACCUUGCACCUGGCGUGAGUGAUGACACCAAGCGGUGCAUGGCACCAUGUGUUGGCACGCUGGUUAAGAUGAUGGAGGUAGCCAAGCCUGCAUCCAUACAGGAGUCAGCUGGCCGUGCACUACUUGCUUUGAUGACCUUGAAAUCCAAUCGAAAGGAGUUGGUCAGGGAUGAGAAGAAUCUGACAAGGUUGGUGCAGAUGCUUAACCCCCGGAAUGAGGAGAUUGACAAAAAGCACCCAGUCUCAGUACUGCUAGCACUUGCUAUGGGUGGUGGGAAUGGAACACGACGGCGUCUUGCAGAUGCUGGUGCUUGUCAGCAUCUACAGAAGCUGGCUGAUGCUGAGGUGCCUUGUGCAAAGAAGGCUUUGCAAAGGAUAUCCAGCAGCCGAUUCAAAAGCUUACUUUCCAGAGGGUGGAACAACUAGUCCAUCCGCUGCAUUGGGGUAAGUUGAAGAGAACCCAAAUGUGGAGAGCUUCGAAUUAUAGAAGAAAGCUUAAGUAUUUAAUUAGGAGGCAUCGUACAAGAACACCGAGCAAGAAAGAGACCAGAGGAGUUCUCAGUUUCUUUGAAGCCAAAAGGUGCACGGUAGCUGCUAUUUGUUUAUCUAGUAUAUUGACAAGAUAGAAGCAUGGAUGCGGCAUUUUAGGAUGUAUCCUUCAGCUUUUAUGUUUGCCCCUUUUUUGUCUCUUCCUAUUUUAACCCUUCUCUCUCUCUCUCUCUCUCUCUCUCUCUCUCUCUCUCUCUCUCUCUCUCUCUCGCGCGCGCGCCUGAUUUGUGAAGUAAUUGUAUGUGUGUUGAUUUGGAAUGAAGCAAAGUGUUUUUAUCUGCCCCAAGACACAUCUGCCAGA